AUGGCACAACCCUUCCUGCUUGGGAUCAAGAACCAGACUGUUGUGCAUGGGGAAUCAGAGUUGAGUGCAAUAACACCACAGCUCUUUCUUAGGUACAUAAGGGAUCAGGACUCGGCGGAUUUCUACCUAAACGCCUCUUUGUUUCUUCCUCUUCGAGAGCUGAGGACUCUUGACUUGACUGGAAAUCGUAUAGUUAAUUGUCUUGAGAACGAAGAAGCUAGCGAGACUUGGCACUUUGGAGAUUCUGGACUUGAGUGA